GCGCGCCCGAAGAACGCAAUGACGCGGCUCUCCCUAUAAGCAGACGACGUAAUCUGGUGGCGGGCCGUUCCUCUCGUAGUUUGGUACGGUCAACGGUAGUCCUCGGAAGAUACAAAGUUGCAAAAAUGGCCUCCCUCGUCUUAAAACGCUGUCGGAUUCACUGUCUAAUGAGGUUCAACAAACGACUAUCGUCCGCAAAUGCCCUCAGGGUGCGUGCACUCAGCUUUGCCCAGACGGUGGAGGAUUUCAAGGUGGAGAACGAGCCGAUGCUGACGUACCUGCCGGGAAGCCAGGAGCGCAAGCUGCUUCAGGAGGCGCUGGAACGGCUGAAGGACACGUGCACGGACAUCCCCAUAGUGGUUGGAGGCAAGGAGAUCAGGACCUCCGAGCCGCGAUACCACGUGGCCCCAUUUGACCAUUCCAAGAAAGUAGCUAAAUACUACUGGGCAUCAGAGGAAACAAUCCAAGAGGCGAUCAACACCAGCCUGAAGGUGCGGGAAGAAUGGGAGAGCCGCCCCCUCAACGAAAAAGUGCAGCUGUUCCUGAAGGCAGCCGAUCUUGUGAGCAAGAAGUACCGCUACCAGCUCAAUGCUGCCACCAUGAUUGGACAGGGCAAGACAGUCUUCCAGGCCGAAAUUGACUCCGCUGCCGAGCUCGCCGAUUUCCUUAGGUUCAAUGCCUUCUUUGCCAAGGAGCUCACCAAGUAUCAGCCCAUCACAACAGACCCCAAGGUGACGGUGAACCACUACAGGCAACGGGGACUGGAGGGCUUUACAACUGCCAUCUCUCCUUUCAACUUUUCGGCCAUUGGUGGCAACCUGGCCUCUGCACCCACGCUCAUGGGAAAUGUGGUGCUGUGGAAGCCGUCGGACGCAGCAGUGCUGUCCAAUUACCUCAUCUUCAAGAUCUUCGAGGAGGCAGGCUUCCCUCCGGGCGUCAUCAACUUCCUUCCUUCGGAGGGCCGCACCUUUGGGGACGUGACAAGCCGCUCCCCCCACCUGUCCUGCGUCAACUUCACCGGCAGUGUGGCAACCUUCCGGACCAUUUGGAAACAGGUCGCCCAAAACUUGGAUUCCUACGGCAACUUCCCCAGGCUCGUUGGUGAGUGCGGAGGCAAGAACUUCCAUUUCGUGCAUCCUUCGGCCGACCUUCCUACGGUUGUGGCCCAGACGAUUCGCUCCGGCUUCGAAUACAGCGGCCAGAAGUGCUCCGCAGCCGAGCGUGUCUACGUGCCGGACAACCUCUGGCCCAAGUUGCGGGAGCAGUUGCUCGAGGCCCACAAGUCGCUCAAGGUGGGCUCUCCGCUCGAAUUUGACACCUUCACGUCCGCCGUCAUCGAUCGCAAUGCCUUUGACAAGAUCUCGAGCUACCUGAACCACGCCAAAAGUGCGUCCACGCUCAAGGUUCUGGCAGGAGGUGACUGCGAUGACCGGACGGGCUUCUUUGUGCAGCCGACGAUCCUGGAGACGUCAGAUCCCCUGGAUCGCAUCAUGAAGGAGGAGAUCUUUGGCCCCGUGUUCACGGUGUUCGUCUACCCAGAGCGGGAGGUCCAGGGCUGCCUGGCCCUGGCCAGGGACACCGCCCCCUUCGGUCUCACAGCCUCCAUCUUUGGCAGAGACGAGGGCUUCCUCAAGUCUGCGAGUGAAUCUCUCAAGAUGACCGGCGGAAACUUCUACAUCAACGACAAGUCAACAGGGGCCAUCGUUGGACAGCAGCCUUUUGGGGGCUCACGCAUUUCAGGUACAAACGACAAGGCGGGCGGCCCGCACUACCUCCUCCGCUUCAGCUCUGCCCAGACCAUCAAGGAGACCAAGAUACCCCUCACGGACAUCGCUUACCCCUACAUGGCGUCGUAGUGCCGUCAUCCGCCUGGUUCCUUUGUGUCACAUCCACGGGACAUUUGCGCGAGGCUCGACGCCGCCCGUGCACCAGACAGUGAAAGACUGGCUUCGCUCACUCUGUGUGACACGGGAUGAAAGAAACCGUGCCUUUUCCAGCGAUAGCAGCGCGGAAGAUGGAACCUGUUGCCUUUCGAAUGUCUUCCAAUGUUGUGGAAGUUCGACUUUAAUUUGUCUUUACCGUCAUGUGUGUUGGGGGAGUGUAUGCCGAAGAAGGUAGCUCGUUGCAAGACCUGCGAGAUGUCCAAAAAUAUUUCUAGUAAUGUGGAUUGAAUGGCAGCCAUGGUACCGGGCACUUCACACAAAGGAAGGAGAUGCGAAGUUAAUAUUUUAAUGUGUAGCCUUUUUUUUAACGUGCAUCACAUUGUAGGCAAGAAGGGAAAUAGUGUAGGGGAAUGUCUUGAGAAACGACAGCCUAAACGCUUGAAUGGGGAAAUCGAAGAAACGGACGAGACAGUCUUCGUGCAGCUGUGUUUAGACAUCGGUGAAUGGCAAUAAGUGCGCAUUCAAACAAGAAGGAAUGGAAAAAGGAAGAUGCUGCCUUUGCAAUGACUUGACCAAAUGUUUUAAGGCAGGCUAAACCCCUCUAAGGUACAAUGUACUGCUGCAAAAGGAUAUGAGCAACCAAAGAUCCAGCAGGACCACCUUCCCGAGGUUAAAAGAGCUGACUAACUGAGAGAACUCCCAUCCUUUUUUUUUCCCUCUUUUUUUUUUUUAAUUUGCAAAGACACCAAUGCACACGAAAACUAGAGUAUUUUCUACUUUUCUACGCAAUAAUCUUCGGGAGGAGUUUCAGUGCAGUAAUUGAAUAGUAUGGGGUUUCAAAAGAAGUUAUGUGUACGGGGAUUCUUCCACAAGUUUUGCCGGUACAUUCAGUGUGCAAUGUUUUACUGACUUUUACUUUGUAUGCCUUAUAGCAAGUGAUGGCUUUUUUGUGAUGCCCGCAUUACCCUGCUUGGUUUCUUCACGUGUUGGUAAUCUUUAUAUGAGAGUCGCAUUCAUGUAGAUUUCUGUGAAAACACAUUUAAUGUCAAUUUUUGAGUGUGCAAAGCUUGGAACUCAUUUUCUUUUUAAUUUCUUUCUAUAAGCACUGCUAAUGCUUCUGCCCAAAGUUGGCAUUGCCUUCGAUUUUUGUAUGAAAACUCCUGAAAAUACAGUAUGUAAAGAGGUGACUUGGGGUUUACAGAGCACUGUGCUAUUAUCAGCUGCAGUAAUUUAAUGUUUGCUGUCUUUCACCACGAUUCAUUCCAGAAAGCAGACGGACACCUUUCCUUCUUUUGGCUCUGAUCAGAAACAGCAGCAAAGGCUGCUGCUUCUGAUCAUGUACCAUAAAUUAAUAAAACCAAACGUCUUUUGACCACUG